AUGGUAGAACCUACUGUCGAUUCGUAUAAUGAUGGAAGCUCAACUGAGAGCGAGUAUUAUUAUGAUCUGAUUGAAGAUAUGGGGGAGAAGGAAGCUUCACUUACGUUUGCACAAGAAUAUAACGUAUCGAUUAAACAGGAGCCUCAAAAUGAGCCUGAACCUCACCAACGAGAAGAAGAAAGUUCGUUUGAAAGGACGGAGUCGAAAGUAGAAGAAUGGGGAAAGUAUGCACUUCCACAGGGCAGUGAAUGGAGUCAUGGAGUUGUUUUGAAAGUAUCGGAUAAUGCAGUGGAGCGAGCACUUGCUAUGGCGCGAGAUUUGGAGCGAGCGACACGAGGAGAUGAAGUUGUAACGUUUGAUACAACAAAUAGUAAUGCCUCAUUGUCUAUUGAAGAGAAGAAGAAGAAGCAGCAGCAGCAGCUGCAGCAGAAGAUGAUGCUGAUGAAAAAUAUGAAAAAGACAGUUGUUGCAAAAAAGAGAGAGAGAGUGAUGAUUAAGACAGAGGUUGAAUCACUGAAGAGGGUCAAGACAACGAUAUCACCUGUUUCAGUUACACAGCCAAUGGAUGUGGGAUUGAGACAACAAGUGACAAAUGUGUUGGUGGAAGAGUCCAGUGAAGUGGAUACAACACCUGCAGUCACUGGGUCGUCUUGGAAAGUAUCAGAAAGUUAUUCUAGUCCCAAGAUAAAAGAAAUUGAAAAAGGUGCAUUACCAUGUCAAAGCCAGUCACGAGAUGAAGCAGUUGAGGCGAAGAUGGUAGUGCCUAGUAGCAGUACAGAGCACAACAACUCAGUGGCCAGUCAAAGGAUAACUCCUAGCAUGUUACCGUCGACUGGUCAGAAUGAUCGUAGCAAGUCGUCCAUAGGUCGUCCUGAAGAGCGUGAAAGUCACACAGAACGAAAUUCGUCGCCAUCAAGUCGUCAGACAUACCAUCGUAACUCGCCAACACGUCGUCGUGCUGAGAAAGAAGUUUGCACAGAACGAGACACGUCACAAUCAAUUCGUCAGACCAACUAUCGCAACUCGCCAGCACGUUGUUCUGCGGAGAAAGAGAGUCAUAGAAAAAGAGAUACAUCACCUGUGGCCUAUCGCUUGAAAAGAAGCUCAGUGAAUAACUACUCAAGACGCGACCCGGUGAUUUAUUACUCAAGGAGAAGCCGAAGCAGAUCUCCGCUAAGUCGACGAGUUAAUAAGAGACGACCGAGAUCAAGAUCCUCGUGUAGGGCUUCGACUACUAGCCCACGCUCUCGCUCGCAUCGAUUGGGUAAAAGCGUGCCAAGUCGGCAACAUCAUGAUUCAAAAACAGAAAAAAGGCGGCUGAGUCAUACAUGUGAAAGAUCUCGAAGCCCUUUGCGAUUCUCCCAGUCUGUGCAAGGUAAAAGGAAAAGCCGUGAGAGACAUGCCCGUCACGAAUCGAGACCGAGAUACAUUUAUUAUGAAAACCAUGAAGUGAAAUCAGUUCAAGAGCCUAGCGGUAACAAACAUGUGGAUAGACAAUCUCCAAGCCACCACACAAGAAUCAGUUGGGGGGAUCAGGGGUCAAACCGAGACACAUUCCAGCAUCGAAGCGUGGAUUACCACUGCUCAAGGAGCGUACACGCCAGGGAAAAUCUAUCAAUGUCACAGCGAGAUGAUUACAAAUUUGAAAAUCGAAAUAAUGAAAAAGCAGAAAUGCCAAUUGCAGCACGAGCAUCCUAUGACCUCAACAAAUCGAAGAGCAUUGGCCGAGCAUACUGCCGCGACAACGCGGUGGAUUCUACGACAAGGAGCUUGACAAAGCCGUAUGUUCGGUCUCGCGGGAAUGCAAGGGCGGCAUCUUAUAAUGAUGGCAAGAAGUAUGUAACUCCUCGUGAUGAUUUUGAACGACAGGUGUUUAAGUUAAAACUUCGGGAAGCUGAUGUGGAUGAUAUGAUGGCUAGUGGGAGUAAUAAUUGGCUUUUGGAAAGUCGUAAACGAGGUUGUGUCGAGGAGCGAGCGCAACUAAUGGCACAAGACCUUGAGCGUUUUGAAAACGUCUAUGCGUCAUUGAGUAUAACGCCCCACGCGUUAAAGAGAUAUCAAAGUGAUCGUGACUUUUCAUGGCGAGUGGUUCAAUUCAAGCGAAAACAGGAAUCACUACAGGAACAAAAUGACCUGUUCAUGUCGAUUGAAACAAAAACUAAUGUAUGGCGUGUGUUAGACAAAGAACGAGAAGAGCUGAUAGCAGAAAACACUGUUUUGUUUCGCAAAGUGAUGAUGAGCAAGGUGCGACCGGCGAAAAGAAGGGAUUCAAAUGCAUUUACUGCAAGUGGUUCUAUUGCUGCAAGCUCAGGAAAACGUGGAUUUGAGCUCAUGCCUGUUAAAAGGGCAGUACAUGGAAAGACUUGA